ACCCAAUAGAGAAAAAAAGAAAAAAAGAAAAAAAGAAAACAAUUCUUUUCUUAUUCUUUAUUCAACUCUUCCAUAAACGGAUCGCACAAUCAAAAUCUAAUCUAAGUAUUUCUUUUCAUUUGGGUUCUCUCUUAAUCUUUCCAUCCUCAAUACCACAUCCCUUCAGGUAAUAAUUGAAGUAGAAGAUGGGUGGUUUUAUAUCAAGGUUUUGGUUCAUGUUGUUUCCUGCAAAAGAGUACAAGAUUGUGGUAGUUGGUUUAGACAAUGCAGGCAAAACGACUACGCUUUACAAAUUGCAUUUAGGGGAGGUUGUUACUACUCACCCUACUGUUGGCAGCAACGUUGAAGAGCUUGUUUACAAGAACAUCCGAUUCGAGGUAUGGGAUCUUGGUGGGCAAGAUAGACUUAGGACAUCAUGGGCAACAUAUUAUCGUGGUACUCAUGCUGUCAUUGCGGUGAUAGACAGUACUGAUAGAGCCAGAAUCUCCAUAAUGAAGGAUGAACUCUUCAGGUUGCUUGGACAUGAGGACUUGCAACAUUCCGUUAUACUUGUAUUUGCAAAUAAACAAGACCUCAAGGAUGCCAUGACCCCAGCUGAGAUUACUGAUGCUCUUUCUCUUCACAGCAUCAAGAAUCAUGAUUGGCACAUCCAAGCCUGUUGUGCACUUACAGGAGAAGGUCUGUAUGAUGGCUUAGGGUGGAUUGCCCAGCGAGUUACGGGAAAAGCACCAAGCUGAGAAACAGAGAGUUCAUUUUUUCAAUACUGAUGGGUCCCGAGAGAUGCGAAAAGAAAAGGUGUCAUUGUGUACUAUCUAACUGUACUCCUCAUCAAUACUGUAGAUUGUUUCUUACAUUUGAAUUGGCCUAAAGAAUUUGUUAUGUUUUGCACGAUGAAGGAUUUCAUUAUAGAUUUCCCACUGAAGAAAAUGUUGCUAUAAGAUUGUUCUUUUCUGCACAAUGAAGCAUACAUCAAACAUUUGGCAAUGAAUUGUAUCAUUCGAAAA